CUUGUAGCUCCAAUUUCAAACCAGACGUGAAACUCAUUCAGAUGCCUCCCUCUUUCUCCGCUGCUCUGUCUCUCUCUGGAGCUCGUUUUUAGCUGCAUGUCACUCAGUCGUUCAGUCAGUCAGUCAGUGGCUCCGCUCCGCUGCGCCUGUCUCUCCAGCUCUCCAAAACCGAAACGCGCUACCGCCGCCGCCGCCGCCGCCGCCACUGCGGGCAUGACAUACUACAAGCAGUAGUGAUAGUGGGUUUCCAUCUCCCGGCUUUUGAGAGGAUUUAACAAAAAAAAGGGGGGGGAGACGUGGAGACAUAAAAGAAGAACAGAGGGAAGAGAUACAUUUCUGGCCGUGCCGUGCGUCGAGAGGAGUGGAUGAGUCAAUGGCUGGGGCACAGCCUGGAGUUCAUGCGUUGCAGCUCAAGCCAGUGUCCGUGCCGGAGUGCCUCCGAAAGGGCAGCAAAUUUAUGAAAUGGGAUGAUGAUUCCACCACUGUGACCCCUGUGACUCUAACAGUUGACCCCAAAGGCUACUUCCUGUACUGGAUUGACCAGAACAAGGAUACAGACCUGCUGGAUAUUACGUACAUAAAAGAUGCCAGAAAUGGAAAGUGCACUAAAACACCAAAGGAUGCAAAGCUGCGUGAACUGCUGGACGUCAACACACUGGCAGGGAAGUUGGAGAACAGGAUGCUGACUGUGGUUAGCGGCACUGACAUGGUCAACAUCACCUACCUGAACUUCAUGGCUUUUCAAGAGGAGAUUGCAAAGGAAUGGGCAGAGGAAUUAUUCAGCCUGGCGUCUAACCUUUUGGCACAGAACAUGUCCAGAGAGGCCUGCCUUGAGAAAGCAUACACUCGACUGAAGCUGCAGCUCAACCCAGAGGGACGAAUUCCUGUCAAGAAUAUCUUCAGGAUGUUCUCAGCAGACAGGAAGCGAGUGGAGACAGCACUGGAAAACUGCAACCUCCCUUCUGGCAGAAAUGACUCCGUCCCCCAGGAGGAUUUCACUCCAGAGGUUUACAGCAUGUUCCUGAGUAACAUCUGCACUCGACCAGAGCUGGACAACAUCUUCUCUGAAGUUGGAGCAAAGAGUCGGCCAUACCUCACAGUGGAGCAGAUGACAGAGUUCAUUAACAGCAAGCAGCGAGACCCUCGUCUGAACGAGAUCCUCUACCCUCCGCUCAAACCAGAGCAAGUUCAGCUGCUGGUGGACAAAUAUGAACCCAACAUGUCGCUUGCACAGAAAGGUCAGAUCUCGAUGGAAGGCUUUGCCCGGUAUCUGAACGGGGAAGAGAACAGCAUCAUUCCCCCAGAGAAGCUGGACCAGAGUGAAGACAUGACCUUUCCACUCUCUCACUAUUUCAUCAACUCCUCACACAACACAUACCUCACAGCGGGCCAGCUCGCAGGAAACUCUUCGGUUGAGAUGUACAAACAGGUCCUCCUGUCUGGGUGCCGCUGUAUUGAACUGGAUUGCUGGAAAGGACGCACCACAGAGGAAGAGCCUGUCAUCACUCAUGGGUUUACAAUGACAACUGAAAUCUCUUUUAAGGAAGUGAUCGAGGCGAUUGCAGAGUGUGCCUUCAAGACCUCGCCGUUUCCUGUCAUCCUGUCUUUCGAGAACCACGUGGACUCGCCAAAGCAGCAGGCGAAGAUGGCAGAGUACUGCCGGUCAAUAUUUGGAGACGCAUUACUGAUGGAACCACUGGAGAAAUAUCCUCUUGACGCUGCAGUCCCACUUCCCAGCCCCAUGGAGCUGAUGGGGAAGAUCCUGGUGAAGAAUAAGAAGAAACAUCAGAAAACCGAAGGAAGCACCAAGAAAAAGCUCUCUGAACAGGUUUCCAACACUUACAGUGAUUCCUCCAGCGUAUGUGAGCCGUCCUCCCCCAGCGCAGGUUCAACUAAAGAAGAGAUGGCCGAUUCGUCACAACCCUCUGACGGCGCUGAGCUCAACCUGAGACCACAUGGCAGGAAGUCUAUUGGUGAGGUGGAGGCCGAAAGCGAAGAUGAGGAUGACGACGAUGAUGACUGUAAAAAGGGCUCCAUGGAUGAGGGCACAGCAGGCAGUGAGGCGUUCGCCACAGAGGAAAUGUCCAACCUGGUCAUCUACAUCCAGCCUGUCAAGUUUUACUGCUUCGAGACUUCCAAAAAGAUCAACCGGAGCUUCCAGAUGUCCUCCUUCGUAGAGACCAAAGCUUUGGAGCAACUGACAAAGUCUCCAGUCGAGUUUGUGGAAUACAACAAGCUGCAGCUGAGCAGGAUCUACCCUAAAGGUACCCGAGUAGAUUCAUCCAACUACAACCCCCAGCUCUUCUGGAACGCCGGCUGUCAGCUGGUGGCUCUCAACUUCCAAACCAUCGACUUAUCGAUGCAGCUGAACCUGGGCAUGUACGAGUACAAUGGGAAAUGUGGCUACAGACUGAAACCAGAGUUCAUGAGACGGCCGGAUAAACACUUCGAUCCUUUUACUGAGAGCACAGUAGACGGGAUAGUCGCCAACACACUGUCUGUCAAGAUCAUCUCAGGUCAGUUCCUGACCGAUAAGAAAGUAGGCACAUACGUGGAGAUUGACAUGUUUGGCCUGCCAGUGGACACCAAGAGGAAAGCGUUCAAGACCAAGACAUCUCAGGGCAAUGCCAUCAACCCUCUCUGGGAAGAAGAGGCCAUUGUUUUCAAAAAGGUCGUCCUUCCUACACUGGCUUCACUGAGGAUAGCAGUGUUUGAAGAAGGAGGAAAGUUUAUUGGCCACCGCAUCAUGCCUGUUUCAGCCAUCCGUCCAGGUUAUCGAUAUAUCAGUCUAAGGAACGAGAAGAACCAGUCGCUGAUGCUGCCCGCCCUCUUUGUUUACGUUGAAGUGAAGGACUACGUCCCAGACACGUUUGCAGACGUCAUUGAAGCCUUAUCCAAUCCCAUCCGCUAUGUCAACCUGAUGGAGCAGAGAGCCAAUAAGCUGGCUGUUCUCACCUUAGAGGAAGGAGGAGAAGAGGAGGGUGACAAAGAGGUGGAGGCAGGAAGUGAUGCACCCUCGGAAUCUAAAGUGGACCAGGGGGCAGCAAUACCUGCGGAGAACGGAGUGAGUCACACUCCCAUUAUCGCCCCCAAACCUCCUUCACUUGUUGGACAUCAGCCUCAGUCUGCAGGUUCACUGAAACCAUCAGUGAAGACAGAGGACAUCAUACAGAGCGUCCUCACUGAGCUGGAGGCUCAGACAGUGGAGGAGUUGAAGCAGCAGAAGGGGUUUGUCCGGGAGCAGCGGAAGCAGUACAAGGAGAUGAAGGAGCUGGUCAAAAAACACCACCGCAAAACAAGCGAGCUGAUCAAGGAGCAAACGGCCCGCGUCUCUGAGCUGCAGAGCCAGCAUCAGAGGCGACGCUCCACCCUGCAGAAGAGCCACAAACGUGACGGUAAGAAAAGUCGGUCUGAAAACUCCCUGUCGACUAUGGACCAAGAACUGUGUGAGCUGGACCAGGACUGCGGCCAGAGACUGGCAGAGCUGAAGGAGCAGCAACAGCAGCAGCUGCUUAAACUCCGCCAAGAGCAAUACUACAGCGAGAAAUACCUGAAACGAGAACACAUAAAACAGCUGGUCGAGAAGCUGACGACUAUAGCAGAGGAGUGCCAGAGCGCUCAGCUUAAAAAGAUCAGAGACAUCUGUGAAAAAGAGAAGAAGGAUCUGAAAAAGAAAAUGGACAAGAAAAGACAAGAGAAGAUCAACGAGGCGAAAGCCAAAGACAAGAAUUUAACAGAAGAAGAGAAGUUAGAGAUCAACAAAUCUUUUGUCAACGAGGUGGUGCAGUACAUUAAACGGAUGGAAGAUGCUCAGAAUAAACGACAAGAGAGGCUACAAGAGAAGCACAAGGACAUUCGGCAGCAAAUCUUGGAUGAGAAACCAAAGCUGCAGAGUGAUCUGGACCAGGAGUACCAGGACAAGUUUCGCAGACUGCCUGUGGAGAUCCAGGAGUUUGUUCAGGACAGCAGCAAGACCAAGCUUUGCGACGACAGCCUCCCUGGAAACCUCGUUUCGUCCUCGACAACGGAGAGGCUCAACCACAAGGCGUCACAGUCUGAGGACGACAUGGAGGAGGGCUCGUCGGAACACGCUUUCGACACGCCCCUUUAGGGUUCUGACGUCUUGCUUCACACCGAGACAUUGUUUGGUCGCUGACGUUUGUGACCACAGACUUAGGAUGAGACUGCUCCAACUUGUAACCAAUGGGAGGAUUAGAUCAAAUCUAAGCCUGAACGGGUGAGUAGAGAGGUCCUCUCAGCUUACCGUGAAGUCCUGUCCAGAAAACUGUUUCAUGUAAAUAUCUCUUUUUGUGUAUUUGUAUGCUAACCCUGUAUGUUGUUCUCUCUUUCGGUACGGCCACAGGACGUCUUACUGGACAUUAAUUAUUUGCAGGAAAUAACUUACUUGAACUAUUGCACAGACAGAGUAGUUUCCUUUUUUUGUUAUCGUUUAUGUUAUCAUGAUGCUGUGACAGUCAGAGAGGUUUGGUGUGCCAAGAUCUGCUUUGUCUUAGGGUGGAUUUUCAGUUGAGUCGACUUGCACUGUAAAAAAAAAAAAAAAAAACAUAAAAAAAACCAUAAAAAAAAACAACUUUAAACAUCUUUAAAGUUUCUAUCUUUAGAAGGUUGAAUUUCAUCCCUUCAUGUUUGCACUGACGCCUCCCUGUAUAAAACUACAUAACUCUUUAAAACUACAUAACUCUACUUUAACCCAGAAGCACUGGUGGCGUUCUGGUUUGCUGUUUUGUUCUCACAGAACUAAGCCUUUGUGUUGCUGCUAUGAUUUAUGUUUUGUUUUUGUUUUUUUACUCAGCAUUUUAGCUAUUAUUUGUGUAAUGUAAACUUCUGCUUAAUACGAUGCAGUCAUUUCUUAUUCUUUUUUUAUGUUUUGACCAGUUUUUAAUGAGUUUUACAUUGUUUACUGCCAACUCUGUCGCACCAGGAUGAGAAGGGAUAGGAUGUUGUACAGUGUGUGCAUGCAUUUGAACAACUGUAAAUGUUACAAUAGCGGUGUAGCACAGAUGUUUAUUUAUGUGAAACAACUUUUUUUCCUGGUACGUUUUUGAUUGAACUUGCAAAAUAGCUGUGGCUUUAACACUGUGGAAAUGGGACUGUGUCUAAAAUCCAACGGCUGCAGUUUUCAAGUAAACAGAUUGCUUAUUGUUUUCUUUACAUUUCCCCCUGCUCCCCUUCAGUUAAAGCUGUUAAACCAAGGAAAAAUUAUCACAAGAAGAUCCAGUUUUAGCCUAAAACAAGUGGUCUUCCUAUAAUUUGGUGCUGUGGCUGUAUUUAUUCAAAACUCAGAGCAGACGCCUCAGACUACAGAGAACAUGUCCCUUUGCCUCCGUUCUUAAUCUUCACCCAGUUUGAGGGGUUUUAUCUGGGAAUAAGGAAACAGUAGAGAAAUGGCUUCAUUUUGUCCCAACAGACGACGUAGAAAUCAAUAACGUAAUAACUGUCAGUAACGUGAUGCCCAAAUGACAUUUGGCCAUUUUAAAUGCAAUGCAGCAAACAACAUAGUAACUUGGCGAUAAUGUAUUACAGUUUUUAAAUCCAAUAACAUCAGAACAUUUAGUUAAUUAUGUAAUGGUGCUACGCUGUUGGCCUGGGAACUCCAAGCAAAACCAUGCGGAUCACAUGAGCAUGAAUCUCUCUCUCCCCGAUUUCCAUGAAAUGACUGAAGUGGCUGAAGCACGUCAGAGAGUGACCUGCAACAAAGCAGACUUUCGCGGUCUUAAAAUAACUCUAAUCUCAAAAACUUGUAGAAGUUUGUGCAAUUGCUAUUUUCGGAACCUCUAAAUUCUCAUAAGGUUUGCAAUAGAAGAGUUUAUAGACAGCAGCCAGCGACUAAUCGCAUGGCAAACAGGUGGAGGUGGGCUACUGUGCGCCAGUAAUCGUCCUGUGUGAAACACAGAUCAACAACUGAAUAUUUAUUAAUAGUCAGAGAAACUGGAAAAUAUAUAUUUGUGGUUUUAGUAAACAUUUUUUAUAGAUUUUUUUUUUACACAACCUUUUCUAUUUGAUGGCUACUCUGAUCUGAAAUGCGUUACACAUUCUAUUCUUGACAUGUUUCACACAGGAAGAUCACUGGUGUCACACUUCCAUUUGUCUUGAAAAUAUUUGUCAGCUUCUACUAAAUUUUAUCAACCAUGCCUCAGUUCAUGCCCGCCAGGCGAUCACUUCAUAACAACUUGAAAACAAUUUUUUUCCCAGAUAUUUUUUUUUCGUAUCAAAAAAAUACGAAAAAAAAUUUUUUGAUACAAAAUUUUUUUUCGUAUUUCGUAAUCUUUUCGUUUAAAGAUUACAAAAUCUACUGUUUAUUUGUUGUUUUUUUGCUCCUGUUGAGUCAGACAUUAGCUUCAGCCUUUGAGAGCUAGCAAUAUGGACCUAUGCUAAUGAAGAUGGAAAUGAAGUAAGAAUUGCCAAAUGCAGUUAAAAUAAGAAUAGAUCACAAUUAUUUGCCAGAACCUCACUUAAAAAAACAAAAAAAAACAAACAAAAAAAACAACUCCUGAACCUGUUCUGUAAGGCUCAGCUUCCUCCUGUUUCACAUGUAAAGUAUGCACAUUCAGUACACAUGGAGGAAGUAUCUUUUGACUUCCCAUCUGCCCGGUGCCAUUCAUCUCUCAAGUGUGUCAUAUGAUAUUAAAUGAUUUUUUUUCCCCAGCUGAAAAUAAAACAAACUGAUAGUGAGGAAAUGUUGAACAUUUGAUUCAGUUUUUAAAAGAUGAUUGGCGUGAGAGUCCUGUGCCUUUGAAUGGGGUUGUCAUGUUUGAUGUUGAUUGUAUGACAUCCAUCACUGUUUAAAUUGACAUUCUAAGCUGUGUUGAAUAGACCGUGUGCACUUUUUAGUAAAGUUCCACUACUGAUGAUGCUUGUGAUGAGCAGUAUUUGACCAGUGUCUCAAAAGAAAGGAGGGACAUUUUUCUUUUUAUGCCUUGAACCACUUUAUUUGACAGGGCCCAUAUUAACUUAAAUGUAUGCACUCAGAAAAUGUAAAUGUAUAUGACUUUCAGGAUAAACAUGGAAUUGAGAAAAAAAAAUAGUGUAAAGGGAAGUUGCUUGUAAUUAAAAUAAAUGUGGCUUUUAUCGUACUUUGCCGGAAUGGA